CCCAUCCACCCCCACCCCCAUCAUCCCCAACGCCACCACCUCCUUCUCCACCACCCCGGUCUGCCGUCUACUGGGCAACCUCCGCUGCCGGCUCCAAGGGCGACGCCGUCCCUGCCAGCAACAAGCCCCAGCAGCUCGGCGGUCCAGGCAACUUGGCGGGACCUCCCAAGUCCAAGGUGCUGAAAGCGCAGGAGUGCGCCCCAGCAGGCGCCGUCAGCUGGAUUCCACCGAUAACGGGCUCUCGUUUCGCAACAGCCUACUUCAACCAGACCCCGGCAGCCACGGGCGGGCAGGUGUAUGCCGUUGUGGUGUAUGUCAUGAACAAGGGCAUUCUGGACCCCCCCAUUACCUCCAUUGCCCUGCAACUGAGGACCUACAAUGCCAAACGGGAGGCGGUAACCUCUUGGGUGACGAUAUACGACGUCAGCUCGGGCCAGAAAGAGGAGCUGGCGUGCCCUGGAGCCAACCACUUUGCCGUUCCCGCCCCAACGGCUUUGCAACUGCCAGUUGGAAUGACGUCUUCAGGAUUUAACACGGCUGACGUAAUUGCCGUACGUAUCAACAUCAACAUGGGGGCCGUCCAUGCCGGCAAGGCAGACCUGCCGCACCUUGCUUCCGUCGGGCUUGUGGUUGUUUGAAGAUGGGGACAUGCAUUCAUGGCCCCCAACCUGACUGCUGCUGACUGAGACAUUCAUGUUAUCGUGAUUUGGUAUUUUGGACGAUGACACUCUGAGAUGUGACGCGUUGAGCUGACACGAGCUGACACAAGUUUACUAUUGCUCUGUGCCCGAUAAUGGCAUGCAGCAGUUGCCGUACCUCUUUCCUAUCUGUCUACGGUAAACGUAGCAGCCCAGAGACGUGUUUCUUAUUAGAGUGGCCUUUCCUCCAUGACCAGAACGAUGAUAAUCACCAUUACCACGACAGCAUCUCGCUCUUGUCAUGUGCAGGAGAGUCGCCGCAAGCCUUCUGAUGAAGUGCUGAAUUCAUCUGCAGGAGAGGGGUCCAUCAAUCCGAUAAUUCAGUCUUUUUGUGUUGGCGUGCCCGAGUACGUUGGUGUUUUUGUGUAUGAACGUUGUAGAGAGUACAUGUACGAUGGUGAAUGCCCUUUGCCGUAUCUUUUUGCGAUUAAUGAAUACUGUCCGUCCAGAGCUCCUGGACACACCGUAGUCGUACACGCCGUAGUCGUUUGUUUGUCUUCACGCCGUCUACGAAGCUUGCUUGCUGUGCUUGUAACUUGCAGGAGCCGUUACAUUAGCCUAACUCGGCUGGGCCUCGCGUAAGCCUCGCCUAUGUUUCACAUAAGGCCCCACCACCUCGCAAAGCAUCUUUCUCGAUACUGCACCAAUUACUGUUCUGUUUUAUGAUAUGUAUUUCUAUUAAAUAUAUAUAUAUAAACCGUUGCCGCUGCA